AUGGACAACAUGCAGAAUGUCUUCAGGAGGGAGUUAGUGGACGUCCAGGGUAUUCCUCUCUUCUGGGGCACAGCUGAGGAGUGGUCCACGGUAGAGUCACUUGAGGCCCAACCAGAUGAUCUUCUGAUCUCCACCUAUCCCAAAUCUGGAACAACCUGGAUCAGUGAAAUACUGGAUUUGAUCUAUAACAAUGGGGACGCAGACAAAUGUAAACGGGAUGCCAUAUACAACCGAGUGCCUACCAUAGAACUUAUAAUUCCUGGAAUCAUAAGUGGUGUUGAGCAGUUGAAAAACCUGCAGUCUCCUAGAUUGGUGAAAACACACCUACCUGUUCAACUUCUCCCUUCUUCAUUUUGGAAGAAUGAUUGCAAGAUGAUCUAUGUGGCACGGAAUGCCAAAGAUGUGGCCGUGUCUUACUAUUAUUUCUACCAGAUGGCAAAACUGCAGCUCGAGCCUGGGACUUGGGAAGAGUUCCUGGACAAAUUCAUGACUGGAAAGGUGGCUUUUGGUUCUUGGUAUGACCAUGUGAAGGGCUGGUGGGAGAAGAAGAAAGAUUAUCGUAUCCUUUACCUAUUUUAUGAAGACAUGAAAGAGAACCCAAAGUAUGGAAUUCAGAAGCUGUUAAAGUUUCUAGAGAAAGACAUGCCAGAAGAAAUUGUGAAUAAAAUUCUCUAUCACAGCUCUUUUGAUGUGAUGAAACAGAACCCUAGUGCAAAUUAUACCACUGUGACAAAGGAGGGGAUGGACCAUUCUGUGUCUCCUUUUAUGAGAAAAGGUAUUUCAGGAGACUGGAAGAAUCAAUUCACUGUAGCCCAGUAUGAGAAAUUUGAAGAAGAUUAUAAAAGGAAAAUGAAAGGGUCCACACUGCAGUUUCGAUCAGAAAUCUAA